AUGGCGGACACGCUGGGUGACAUCAUCGCACACCGCAGCGGCACGGCGCCACAGGGCGCGGCCGCGGCCCCCGCUUCCGCCGCCACCAACACCAACGCCAACAGCAGCGGCGCCGACCACGCCGGCGGCAUCGGGGACAACAACCUCCAACGUGUGGCUGAGACUGGGGAUGGCGCCACAUUCGCAUCCGCGGCGCCGCAUGUAGAGGCCAACGGCGGCGGCCCCGCCCCCGCCAAGGCGAGCCGCCCGAGCGCCUUCGGCGGCGCCGCCGCCGCCGGCCAGCUGCCGCCCCUGCCGCCGGCCGGCGCCGGGGGCGGCGACGGUGGGCCCGCGCCCGCGCUCGCCUCCGCCGCGUCGAUGGCGCGCGCGCAGUCGCUGGCGCGGCAGUAUUCGGCGGCGCGGCGCGUGACUGGCGGAAUAUACGACCGCAUCAGGACGUUCCUGGAGACCAAGCGGCCCGGCCAGGUCGACCUGCCUGAGGUGCUGCAGGUCAAAGGCCUCAUAAGGCUGGGGGAGGCACGCGCAGCAUGCAGGUUCGCACGGGCGCACACACGCGGGGUCUGA